CCUGAUAUCUGGUACUCUGUCCUCAUCUACAAUGUAACAGAUGAGAACAACCCAACAGCCAUCCUCUGUACUGACUGUAUCAAUAUCACUGAGACACACUACACCUUCACUCCUGACUACCUCAGUCCUUGUCAUGUGUACAACUUCUCUGUCAUCCCUCUGAAUGGAGCUGGCCAGGGAGAGAGGAGUCCCAACAUUACUGAUGAAACCAAAUUUCCUGAAGUAGAAGUUGAAGCCCUGGAUGAUGAUCGUUAUCGUGAAGUUGAAUUCAGAGAUGAGCAAGUGAACACUGUAUCUGUUUAUAAAGAUACGGUUCGUUUUUAUGCCAACAAUGGUACAAAUGGAACUGUUUUCACUCUACCUGCUGAUGGAGAUUACAGUGCUACCAUUGAAGAUCCCAUGGCCUGUGAAGCAGAAAAGACUAAAAAUUUCACAACCUAUGAUGUUCAAGAGCCCCAUGCAGAGCCGAGUAAUGAUGGUAAAAAGAUUGUGGUAAUGGGAGAGCUCAUUGGUAACUCACCUGCAAAAGGAUGCUUUGUAGCCAUUCAGUGCAAUUUCACUACUGAGAUUACCUUUAUUGCUUUGAAAAGUAAUGGAGAAAAUCUGAGACUCUCUGGGGAUAUCUCAAUGCCUGCAUCAAAUUACACUGUUUAUGUACAUGAUCUGGAGAAGGAUGGGCUUCCCAACAAACAUCCAGCUAACCUUGUCCCUUCUAGUGUUGAGAUUAUGCAUGGUGAAGAAAAAUACAAAGCUCCUAAUGGUGAGAACCCGAAGAAUGCCAGCAUCUACCGGAGUGGCUCAAUUUUGAAAGCCACCUGUACUCCUGAUGAACAGAGUGCAUCGUGUGUUCUGGUCUUCAGAGCAUAUGGCAACUAUAUGUUGAACUGGAAAGAAACUUUUCCUGUUACUGUCAAUCUUGAUCCUGACGUGAACUACACAUUUGCACUGUUCAGAAGGCUGGGCAAGGAUACUGAUGAAAGGCCAUUUUUAAGCAUGUUUGUACAGGGAAAAGAAGAUCCUUCACAACCACAGCCACCAUCAACUGAUGAGGAAGGGACAAUGGAGACGCAAGUUGUUGCCAUAUCCAUAGGUACCGCACUAGCAGGUCUUAUGAUAUGUCUCACAGCAGUGUUGGUGCUACUGGUGGUAGUCAGACAGUGCCACAGCCACAGGAAGAAGCAAUCUGCAGCACAAGUGGCAGUGUAUGAUGAGGUAGUUCUUUCCCUGACCACCACCUCCUCCAUUCCAACUGAGUCGUCUCACACUACUACCAUCCCCACUACUGGCAAUGUGGCCUAUGAGACCACAACUCCCAUCAACACUGCUCAUAAUGUGGCUUAUGAAACUCAUAAUGUUCGGUUCACCUGAAAUAUU